AUGGAAGUCAACAAGGAAACAAGUACAUCCAACUACAAAAAGAGGAAACAAACUCACCAGCAUUUCAUCGAGCCCGAGAAAAGAACCCCCAACUUUUCCGCCUCAACUUUCGCGAAGCGCCCUACACGCGCUACCCGGCGGAAAAGUUUUGUUGGUAAAGAAGUUCCAGUUGGCCACUGGAGAAACCCGCCGGCCUCGGAGUUAGGAAAGAAGCAUAUAGUGGUUGCAUAUAUUGACGCAAGCGAUUAUCUGCGCACGCGAAUUGGAGCUAUUGUCAAAGAUGGCGGUAAGAUGCCCAAGAACUUCUCACGAGCUUCUCGUGCUGGCCGGGUCACAUUCGACCAAAUUUGCUUCUAUGCACACCUUGUCGGACUAGACCGUUUGCAAGUCAAAGAGUACGUCAGACAACGAGUUGGUGCUCUCGAGAGCACGGAACAAGACCGCAUCGUGGCGGAGCAGAGGGCUGUCGACCAAGCAAUAGUCGAGGGAAGAAGGCUUCUCCAAAUCAGCAACCCCCUCGGAUACCCUUCUAAGCUGCCACAGGUUGCGAAAGGAGAAGACUUGGCAAUAACACUCGAUAAUGGCGCUCCCGGCAGCACGGCUCAACCUUCCUCCGUUUGCACUCUCCACGAAAGCUAUCCUCCUACAGGAUCAACUUUGAGCUAUUGGCACGGCGAGAAAACCUUGACUAAAAGACACGCUGGAGGCGUCUACAUCGCGGCACUAAGCGGGCACGAGCUUGAUGAGUAUCAUCGCACGCGCCUGUACCAAGGUACUUGUGGCGAGGCGACCGGCGAAACGCCCGGCACGCGUGGGCUUGACGCGGCUGCCGCCGCUACUAAGACUCGCACGUCGGCUCAUGCUUUUUCGAAGGGGACCCAGGCCAUGCCUGCGAACUGCAGCAGCUUUCAUGAACCAGCCUUGCGUUCAUACGACGAUAAAUACUCUGUGCAGAAGGCUUCUGGAUAUAGCAACGCCAUUCUUGCUGCCCCUACAUGCAGCACAAAAAACUGUCCCCGGACUACCUAUCCCAUCCAUGCCCAAGCUGUUUCCGCGCACGACAGCAGCAGCCACGCCCGGCAUAGUCCUUCAUCCAGCAACGAGUGGAUGGAGACUGCUCUAAACAACACCGCGCACGCCACUGCAGAUGGCGAAAGCAACUACGCCGAGGCCGUACACACCACCGACGCGGCGACUAUUGGCGUCAACGCACUCAACAUAUACCAGCAUCGAAGAUGCGAACCACCCAAAUUGCCACAACCGGGAUCUUGGCGAAACGUUUCUCCUAUCGCAUACACACUGCCAAUGCGUUUGAGCCCCAAUGAGAUGGAGCGCGAGGCGACCAACUAUGCAACUCACCAAAGCAACAGUAGCUGCAGACAGAGUCUGGACCUUGUCGGACUUCCGCGAAGCUACGAGUCUGCUGCGCUUCAAGCGACUUUACGAAGACGUAGCGACUCAAAGGACACCAAGGUCUCUGACGGCGUCGAGUACGAACAAACACUCUGGGCCUCUAAAUGGGAAGCGCGUAUCGCAGGAUACUCCCAGGGCUACUAUAGAGACUGA